CCGCCACCCCCGCAUCGGCUAAGUUCAGGCGCGCCGUCAGGCCGAGAUUCAGCGACCCAUACAUAACCCCUCCGAGCCUCCACUAGCUUUGAGUCCUUCUUGCGCUCGCCCAUUCUUCCUGUGGUACAAUGCCGUCUCCUAAGCUGCCCCGCCCCGCACGUUUCCUCGCCCAACGCUCGUAUGCGACCUCUGUGCGCCCGCCGCUGAGCGCGCUCGCUCCCACGGCGCGUGCGAAGGCAGAGCAGCUCUCGGCCGACUGGAAGGGCACCAGCGCGACGGGAGAGAAGACGAAGAACUUCAUUGGCGGCGCGUUCGUCGAAAGCAGCGCGGAAUCGUGGAUUGACGUUGUCGACCCGGCAACCCAAACGCUGCUUACGCGCGUUCCGGAGACUACGUCGUCAGAGUUUGACCAGGCAGUCUCAGCGGCGUCGCAGGCAUACAAGACGUGGAGCCGGUCAAGCGUUCUCACCCGUCAGCGAUUCGUCCUAGAGUUGCAGCAUUUGCUGCGCAAGAACGCAGACGCUAUUGCGAACAGUAUCGUCUUGGAACAGGGCAAGACAAUUGCUGAUGCGCAUGGCGACCUGUUGCGUGGACUGCAGGUCGUCGAAACUACUACUAAUGUUCCUACGGCGAUGCUUGGCGAUACCAUUGAAGUAAGCAAGGAUAUGGACACUUCAACACGGCGAUUGCCAUUAGGGGUCUGCGCCAGCAUCGCACCCUUCAACUUCCCUGCCAUGAUCCCGCUCUGGACUAUUCCUAUGGCCAUCUCAACGGGCAACACGUUGAUCGUCAAGCCGUCAGAGCGUGAUCCUGGAGCGGCUAUGAUCAUCGCGGAGUUGUGUCAACGCGCAGGCCUCCCUGAAGGCGUGUUGAGCGUUGUUCACGGAACCGUAUCAACAGUCAACUCUAUCUGCGACCACCCAUCUAUCAAGGCCAUUUCCUUCGUUGGCGGUGAUCGAGCAGGCAAGCACAUUUACGAACGAGGGCGCAAGAGCGGUAAACGCGUUCAAUGCAACAUGGGCGCGAAGAACCACGCCGUCGUAAUGCCAGACGCGAACAAGAACCAUGCACUCAACUCGCUCAUUGGCGCUGCGUUCGGUGCCGCGGGCCAGCGCUGCAUGGCGAUCUCGGUCGCUGUGCUCCGGGCGGCGCAGCUCAAGGUGAACCAGGGCUUCGAGCAAGGCGCGAUCUGGGCCCGGUCAUCUCGCUGCCGCGAAGCAGCGCAUUACGGCUUGAUCGCGUCGGCGGAGGAGCAAGGCGGUGUCGUUGCUUUGGACGGCCGUGGAAUCGACGUACCCGGAUACCCUGACGGAAAUUGGGUUGGCCCGACGGUCAUUGAGGCAACAGCGGACAUGCGGUGCUACAAGGAGGAGAUUUUCGGACCUGUGCUGGUUGUGCUGAGGGCAGAUAGCAUCGAAGACGCUCUUGCCAUCAUCAACGCGAACCCAUACGGCAACGGCACGGCCAUCUUCACGAAGAGCGGGGCGACGGCUCGCAAGUUCGAACGUGAAGUCGAGGUCGGACAAGUGGGAUCAACCGGGAACAAGGCGAGCUUCCUGGCGAUGUCCCGUUCUACGGGCGCGGGUGCUGGUGUGGAUUUCUACACGCAGAACAAGACUACCACUGCGCUGUGGAAGGAGGAAGAUGUCCUCAAAGGACAGGCUUCCAUGAGCAUGCCGACGCACGACUGAGUGACCGUUCUGGCUGGCGAGCCCUCCGGGAAAGAUAUAUACGAACAUUCUGCAGUCUGUACAUUAGAAUGCAUUUCAUCCGCAUAUCUACCGCUGUGGCCAAUACCGUCAUUCAAGCCCGUAUGCAACACAUGCACCCAAUUCAUGCCCAAUGGAUGCCAGACGUUGGGAUUGCAGAUUAGAUAGACGCCCUAUGCAGGGCGCCGAGAACAGAUCCCGAGAUGAUCAGGAGGGCCUGGUGGAGUGCCUGGCAGUGGCUGAUCGGUGCGAGUG